CCUCUUGCUUCACUGUUACCUGCUCCCCCUCCAAAAUUGAUUCCACUAUAAGUCUCAAAGCAUCGCCAAAAUCUUUAGAAGAAGCCUCUCCAAAAAUAGCAUAAGCCUAGAUGAGUUCCUUGAAACCUUUGUUAAAGCCAGACGUGACCUUAUCCCUUGCAUUAUCACCUUCCCCUGCUCAUGAUCAUGAAAUCCUAAAGCCUGAAGAAAGAGGUAUUCGUCUCAUUCAACUCCUCCUAAAAGGUGCUAAACAUGCUUCCUCCGGCAACUUUCAUCGGGCUGACGCAUGUCUCUCAGAGAUAUCGGAGCUCUCAUCAAUGUCUGGUGACUCCAUGCAGCGACUAGCUGCCCAAUUUGCCUCUGCCCUAGCCACCCGCCUUGUUAAGCGUUGGCCGGGCCUAUACAAGGCCCUAAACCAUCAUCAAAAGCCUAGAAUAGACGUAGACCAAGCCAAGACUCUCUUUGCAAGAGCAUUUCCUUUCCUUUGUUUUGCCUAUAUGGUUAUAACUCGAACCUUAGUUCAAGCCAUGGCAAAUGAGCAUGUAAUUCACAUUGUAGAUUUGAGCUCUGGUGACCCAAAAUUGUGGGUUCCUUUCCUCCAUAGCUUAGCUCACUUGCCAAAUGGGCCUCCACAUUUGAAGAUCACUUGUCUAAAUAGCAACAGAGCUAUUCUGGAUAAGUUGGGCCAAAGCCUAGUAAAAGAAGCUGAAACCUUAGACAUGCCCUUUCAAUUUAAUCCUCUGAGCAUAGGCUUGAGAGAACUAUCAGGUGACAUGCUUAAGGUAAGAUCAGGAGAGGCAUUAGCUUUCGUAUCCAUAUUAAAUCUUCAUGUAUUAUUAGCAGAAGAUGAUCAAGUAGAUGCACAUUUUGGAGGUGCCAAAUUUAAUGGUAUUAAAAGUUGUAAACCAUUGAGUGAUCUCUUAACAUUGAUUAGAUCGAUGUCACCUAAAUUAUUAUUUUUGGUAGAACAAGAAGCAAAUCAUAAUUUAGAUCGAUUAGUUGAUCGAUUCAUUGAGGGAUUACAUUAUUAUAGUGCAGUGUUUGAUUCAAUUGAUGCCACUUCAGGGAAUUUGGGUGGUGAAGGAAGGAUGAUUUUGGAGGAAAUGUUUGGGAGAGAGAUCGAAAAUAUUGUAGCAUGUGAAGGAUUGGAAAGAUUUGAAAGACAUGAGAGGUAUGGAAGAUGGGCAAUUAGGUUAGGACAAGGAGGGUUUAAGCCAAUCCGGUUGUGGUAUAAUUUUAAUGAGGAUACCAAACAAAUGGUUGAUGGGUUUGGUAAGGGUUACAAGAUUGCCAGUGAGAAAACAAGUUUGAUGAUUUGUUGGCAUGAACGUCCCCUUUAUGCUGUGACUGCAUGGACAUGCUAGUUGAUUAGCUAUGUGUAUUUUUAUAUUUAUUUUUUUAAUUUUACUAAUAAUGGAAAUUAUAUAUGAUUUGUAAAAAUGUAAAUGUGGGUCCAAAGAAAUAGAC